GCCUCUUUCAGUCGAGUCGAGAGGGAAAUGGCGAACACCAUAUUUUUUGUCAUUUCCUUCCUUAUUUUUCUUUUUUACCGCAUUGUCCUGAUCCAGACCUCUGCUAUUAAAACAGCUUCUCGACUGUACCUUUGAGAGCCACAAGCUUUGCUUCUCCCACUUUCUUCUCUCCCUCGCUUUUCUCAGAAGGAGAAAAAGAAAAAUGGAAGUUGAUGAAGUGUUUGAGGAGUUCCUGGCCUUGAGAAGAGAGCUGCUGGAGAGCUACCCCGGUGAAAUGAAUGAGUUUCUUGCAGAUGGUAGCAAUUUGAAUGAUUUUCACAGGAACCCAUCUUCCUAUUUCCCACAAUCGCCAUUUCUACCAACCGCAAACUGUGAACAGCUCACUGCUGCACCUUCCUCAUUUAAUGAGCCCACCAUUUCCUCCCAAUCAACACUUGGGUGCUCCUUGGAUGCAGUUUUCCCAUACAAAGAUGGGUUUUUGGCAGCCCCUGAUAUGGCCUUCUCUUCAUCCGAGACACCAACUUUUUUCCCACUGGUUGAGGAUGAUGAGUUGGGGUUCUUAUGCAAGAGCCUCUGCAGCUCAGACUCAAAGGAGGGCAUAUCUAAGCAGAGCAUGGCCCAAGCACUCGGGAUACCAGAGUUCGAGGCAAGUGGUGCAGAGACAGGGACGAGAAGUAGGCAAUUGAAGAGGAGACUGGAAGGGCAACCUUCCAAGAAUCUCAUGGCUGAGAGGAGGAGAAGGAAGAGGUUGAAUGACAGGCUUUCUAUGCUUAGAUCUGUUGUUCCAAGAAUCAGCAAGAUGGACAGGACUUCCAUCCUUGGUGAUACUAUUGAUUAUACCAAGGAACUCCUCGCCAGAAUCAAAUCCCUCCAAGAAGAAGUAGAUCUAUCCGAGGAUAGCUGCAAUCAUCUAAAUCUCCUGAACUUUUUCAAGCAGCUAGAACAGAAUCAGGCUCUAGUGAGGAACACGCCCAGGUUUGACGUAGAAAGAAAAGGUGCAGAUACAAGGAUAGAUGUCUGCUGUGCAGCAAAACCAGGAUUAUUGCUGUCAACAAUCAGCACUAUAGAAGCCCUUGGGCUUGAAAUUCAGCAAUGUGUUAUAAGUUGCUUCAAUGAUUUUGGAAUGCAAGCUUCUUGCAGAGAGGAAGGGGAGCAGAUGACACGGUUAAGGUCUGAAGAUAUUAAGCAAGCACUAUUAAGAAAUGCAGGUUAUGGAGGAAGGUGUAACUGAAGAAGAAUUGCAGAAAGCGCCUUUUGUUCCCCUCUUUUUUCCUUGAUGUGAUGGCCACAACAAGUGGACCAUUUGCAUUUGUGAGGCAAAAGCUCAAAAUCCUAUUGUUGAUGAAUGAGGAGAUUGUUUGUCUUUGAACUAGCAUGCAUUUAUAAUAUAAUGUAUUGAGACUUUCUGUGUCCAUAAACAACUUUCAAGUAGGCUGCCAUGGCCUAUGUACAUACUACAUACCCUUUCACAGGGCAAAUAAAAUGUGGGUACCUCUUGCUCCA